CGUUCCCGUGCCAUGUCGUCGAACGAUCGAUAGCGCGAUUUGCCGACAUGCGAAAAUGUCGCCGAUCUCUCGUCGCGUGUGAUCUGACGGAAGUGAUCGGCGGUACGUGCGGCUGAACGAACGAGACCGAUACCGAUUUCUCGGCAACGAUUUACGUGGCUGCCGCACCCCGCGAAGAUGAAGAGGCAGAAUGUCAGGACCUUGUCCCUGGUCGUGUGCACGUUUACUUACUUGCUGAUCGGAGCCGCCGUUUUCGACGCACUGGAGUCGAAUACCGAGAGGAAACGCUGGGAGUUUCUCUCCGAGGUUCGGCGAAAUAUGAUAAAGAAGUAUAACAUCACGCAGGAAGAUUACAGGAUGCUGGAGAUCGUUAUCAUUGAGAAUAAGCCACAUAAAGCGGGUCCACAGUGGAAAUUCGCUGGUGCCUUUUAUUUCGCGACGCUUGUGCUCGCAAUGAUAGGAUACGGACAUUCGACUCCAGUAACCAUAGGAGGAAAAGCAUUUUGCAUGGCGUACGCCAUGGUCGGCAUUCCUCUGGGUUUGGUCAUGUUCCAAAGUAUCGGUGAACGUUUGAACAAGUUCGCAUCGGUGGUGAUCAAAAGAGCCAAAACGUAUUUACGUUGCCAGAAAACUGAAGCGACGGAAAUGAAUCUGAUGCUUGCUACAGGGAUGUUGUCUAGCAUAAUUAUUACUACCGGUGCUGCCGUAUUUUCGCGUUACGAGGGUUGGAGCUACUUUGACAGCUUCUAUUACUGCUUCGUGACGUUGACCACCAUUGGUUUCGGUGAUUACGUCGCUCUUCAGAAUGACCAUGCACUUUCCAACAAACCAGGAUACGUGGCCUUAAGUUUAGUCUUCAUCCUAUUUGGUCUGGCCGUUGUUGCUGCCAGCAUAAAUUUGCUCGUACUUCGUUUCAUGACGAUGAACACGGGAGACGCACGUCGGGACGACAACGAGUUGCAGCCCGCUUCUCACCACGUUUUGACCCUAGACGGCGAGGUGGUCGCCGUAAACGGAAAGUUACUAGCCGGCCACGUACCGAUCGUGCACGACAGCGACGACUGCGUGAGCGUGUGUUCGUGUACGUGUCUGGGACCCGCCAGUUCCGAGCUUUUGGACCAAGGAUACCAAGGAUACAGACCUCCUUCGACUUCUGCCAGUAUCCGCAUGAAACGUGCGUCGGUCUGAUGGAAGGAGUUCCGUCGUCGUAGUUUACGUCGUCGACUCUCGAGAACCGAUAGCAGAGAGCUGCUCGGUAUCGACGUGUGAAGAGUGGAGUCGAAGAAGGAAAUCCUUCCCGAUCGGAUGAUCAAUCGAACGUGAAGAGUUUGACCAAAGUACCAUGUAUGGUCCGUCAGGACUGAAGUUCGACAUUGUGUUCUUAAAAAUCUACCUUAAAGCGUUCGCGCGAGUUCGUUCAUUUUCGAUGACGUAUUUUAAAGGAGAACCGACAAUGACGAUUUUCUAGAGUCGCAUGUACACGAAUUAUAAUCAGCUCACGUAAACCUUGCGAGGAAGUAGGUUGUAGAGAAUAAUGGGGUAUGUGGGAUGUGUCGUUUGUAGACGAUUUUGUAACGAUUUCGUACGUUUCAUAUCGUUCCAUAUAGCGGUGAAUGUCGGCCGAAAACUUACUGUCAGUCGUAGCCUCCGUGGAUGUUGCAUUGAUAUUCAGAGAUAUGGGAUUGUUCGAUUGUGGUGGGGUACUUUGUUGAGGGAGAGUUAUGGUGCAUACUCAGGUCUGAGAUUGAAUACUAUAAAAUAUGGCUGAAAGGGAAUUUUGGUGGGGUAUGAAUUUCGAUUGGCGAUGUGGGGACUGUUGAGGAACUGUGACUACACAUGUCAAGAGGAAGGUUUUGGGGUAUGGGAUUUGG